AUGUUUUGGCGCUGUGACACAGCCAACAUGCUACCUUUGGCAUUGACAUUGGCAGGCAUUUUCGGGCCCAUUGGUUCAUAUGCCAGUGAGCCUGGUCCAUCCGCCUGUUCCAACAUCACAACCCAACUGGGGUCCUCGAAAGUUGUCACCAGGAAGUUGAGUCUGAAGUACAUCACUAGCACCGAGUACUGGAGCACCCCUCAGGGCAAAUAUAAACCUUCUUGCAUCAUUUAUCCUGAGUCCUCAAAGGAUGUCUCCGUGGUGCUGCAAGCCGUUCGAGCAGCCGACAGCCGCUUCGCGAUCAAAGGAGGAGGGCAUAACCCCAACAAGUUCUUCUCCUCAACCGACAAGGGUGUGCUCAUUGACUUGACCAAGCUCAACAAGAAGUCCUAUGACCCGGAGACAACCCUGGCUACAUACGAGCCAGGUGGUGUCUUCGGUGACAUCUACGAGUAUUUCGAGCAAUACAAUCGCACCGUGGUGGGCGCCCGACUCUCCGGAGUGGGAACCGGCCUAGCGCUUGGUGGCGGUAUGAGCUAUCUGUCGCCGCAAUACGGCAUGGCGUGCGAUUCCUUCCGAGAGCUGGAAAUUGUUCUUCCAGAUGGCCAAAUUGUGACGGCAUCCAACACUUCAAAUCCCGAUCUGUUCUUUGCAUCGCGUGGCGGUGGAGGCAAUGCCUAUGGUGUAGUCACAAAGUACACCGUGCAGAGUCGCCCAAUUGGCGAGUUCUUCGCUGGGAAUCUUAUCUACGCGUUUCCUCAGAAAGACACUGUUAUCGAGGCUAUUAGUGAUUUCAUUCGAUACAACACCGAUCCUAAAGCUAGCAUCAUCGGCACCUAUGAGAAGCUACCUACCCCUAAUGGAAACCUGAAUCUAGACGAGGCCAUCAUCAUGUUCCUGGUCUAUGACGGCCCCGAUCCAGGUGACGCGUUCAAGAACUUCACCAGCAUUUCUUCUCUCCUCGACACCACUGGAAUCAAGACCUAUGCGGAGAUAGCCGACAUGCCAAUCCCCAUUUCCACCGAGAUUUCACGGGGAGGAAACCACUUCCGAGUUGGAGUUCACCGUGCCGAUAACGAUGAGUGCAAGCGUGCCCUUGACAUCUGGCGCAAUUGGGCCGAGAAAAACAAGGGCAAAUACUUCCUCCUAUCGCUUGAUUAUCAACCCGUACCCAAGUCCUUGACGGAUGCCAGCAAGGCUCAAGGUGGGAACGCGAUGGACAUGCCAGAUGGUCCAUGGUUUUGGUUGAACUAUCUGCUCACCACGCUGCCGGGGAUGAGUCAACCUGAUGUUGAUGCCAUUCAAUCCAGCUUCCGAGAUAUGGUAAAGUCUACCACCGAUGCUGAAGGUCUUCCGCUAUUCAUCAACGAUGCAGCCUUUGAUCAAAAGCCUUUGUCAACCUUUUCAACCUAUGCAAAGUUGCAGGAGAUCAAGAAGAAGUAUGAUCCGGAUAAUUUCUUUGCUGACAAGACUGGUGGUUGGUCAUUUGACUAG